AAACUAUACGAAAAUGACAGCCGACAGCUAAAUAAUAAUCAACUUGAUCGUGUUGAACUUUGUAGCUGUAAAAUAAAUUAAAAUGACAGUACAACAGCUAAACUCGAAUAUUUCUGACGACUCUGAUGAUAUGGUUAGUUUACCAUCAGAAGAAGAAAUUUAUAGGCGAAAAUAUCAAUUGCUAUUGGAACGAUGUGAAGUGUUACAACAAGAUAAUGAAAGAAUUAUUAAUAGGAUACAUGAAGCAAAGAAAAUAACGAAGCGCUAUCGUAAGGAUGUAAAGCUGCUUGUUGAACGAUUGGAUAGACAUGGUGACCCCUUUAGAACAGCUUCAGUGGAGGUGGAGGUGAAGCCUGAGGUAGUGUCUCGUCCUGCCCGCCCCGCCCCUAAAACACAAUCUUCAAAACCUGCUGAUAAACAAAACUCUGCUGGAGGCAAAAAACCUGGCCCCAAAAGGAAAAGUAAAGCAGAUAAGCCCGAGAGAGAUCCAAAUGCACCAAAAAAACCAUGUAAUGCUUUCUUUCAAUUCUGUCAAGAACAAAGGCCUUUGGUAGUUGCUGAGGCCAACUCAGAAAUGGGAUCAGAACCAUCUAAACAAGAAGUGACAAGGCAGUUAGCUUCACGGUGGAGAUCUCUUACUAAUGAAGAAAAAAGGGUUUAUGUAGCAAUGUUUGAAAGAUCAAAGGAAAAAUAUGCAGAAGAAAUGUCAGCAUACAUAAAAAAGGAACAAUGACAUAAGUUAAUUGAUUAGUUUCUAAUUACUUGUGAUGGUCAGCUUUAAGUUUAGGCUAAUAAUUUUAAUUAUAAUAUUUUAUAAUA